UAAAAGCUAUCAACAGCUAAAUCAACGAAUGUAGCAAGCACUGACCUGUCAAAGAGCCUAAGGAAAUCACAUUCCCUUGCUUGAGUAGGCUAGGCCACAGCUUAGAGAAAAUGACACCAGUUUUGCAACAGAGUCUGUAUUCCCAAGCGUCGUGCUUGGUCCAGCAGCCGAAAACCUCGCGGUCGGUCUCAGGAAGUCAGGUUUCUCUCGCAGCUUGUCAUAAAAAGCUCACAGGCUCGUUUUCCAUUUCUCCGGACCCCACCACGCACUUCCGGGCGUCCGCUACUGCCACUACAAAUUCUGGCAACCAUGUCAAGUCCCACUCCGUUGCCACAUCAGCAGCUGCUGUGCCUUCCGGGAGCACCGGCGCAUCGCCGUCCAUGCUGUCGUCAGCGUCAGCAGUCUCGCCGGCAACAGUCGCUCGCUGCCCCUUCACCGGCCGAUCAGCCGCCGUCGCAACCAUGGGCGAGCCCUCACUCCGCGAGGACAGCGCGGCGGAUCCCACGGAUCCCCCCGCGGUGCCCAUCCCCGGCCCCCACCCGUGGGACAUCGCGGGGAACCUGCGCGAUCUGAGCGCCAUUGCGGUGCGUGGGAUCGAGGAGGCGACGCUGUUGUACGGGCGCAAGUACGGCCCCAUCUGCCGGUUCGCCAACGGCGUGAGCGCGUGGACGUUCGUCAACGACGCUGACAUCAUCGCGCACAUCUGCAGCACCAACUCCAAGAACUACUCGCGGCGCUUCCUCCCCGCCGUGUACGAGUACGUGACGCACGGCAAGGGCAUCCUGGGGUCGCAGGGCGAGUACAACCGCGCGCACCGCCGCAUGUGCCAGCCGCCGUUCAUGCGACCCAACCUGCUGAACGCCUUCUCCGACACCAUCCAGUCGCAGUUGACCAGCCUCAUCUCGAUGUGGCGACAUCAAGCCACCACAGACGCCGGCUCCCCCCUCCCCAACGUCGUCCUGGACGGCAAUCUAGCGGUUCAGAUCCAGCGCUUCACGCUAGACAUCAUCGGAGCCGUCGCUUUCUCCAAGGACUUCGGGCAGCUGGACCGCAUCCGAGCCGACCCGGCAGGCUCGGCAACCGAGGCGGACGCCGGAGCUGAUAAGCUGCUAGGGGCGGUGAACGAGUCCCAGCAGCUGAUGGCGAACGUGUUCAUCACGCCGCUGCCGGUGCUGCAGCUGCUGAGGAGACUGGGCGAGCCGGGGAUGGUGCGGCUGGAUGGCGCGAUGAAAGCCAUGGAGCGGAUCAUGAUGGGCGUUAUUGAGGAGCGGCGGGAGAAGUGGCGGUCCACGGGGGAUGCGGGCGACGACCUGCUCGGGAUCCUGCUAGGCGCCACGGACGAGCAGGGACGACCACUACAAGACGAGGAGCUGUGGGAGGACGUGCACGACGUGAUGGGGGCGGGGCACGAGACGACAGCCACCACCAUCACGGCGUCGCUCUUCCUCAUCUCGCAACACCCUGAGGCCAAGGCCAAGGUGCACGAGGAGCUGAGAGCACUCAAUGGACGCAUGCCCACUUUCGACGACGUCAACAGCGGGCGCCUGGCAUACACGCAGAUGGCAGUGAAGGAGACCCUCCGCAUGUACCCGCCCAUCCCGCUCUUCCCACGGGAGGUAGCGGACACUGACCGCCUGCCCGGCGGAUAUGAGCUCCCUGCGGGCGAUGUCGUAUUUAUGUCCACCUAUGCCAUGGGACGCAACCCCGUCUACUGGCCUGAACCCCUCGCCUUCAGACCGGAGCGAUUCACCCCCGAGGCAGAGGCAGCGCGGCCGCGCUUUGCCUGGGUGCCAUUUGGGGCGGGCCCUCGCAUGUGCCUGGGAGCCAACUUCGCUGUGCUGGCCGUCACUCAAGUCGUGGCCACCCUGCUGCAGCAUUUUGACUUUGAGGGUAUCAGUCCAAGUGGCAAGGAGCUUCCAUUUGCCUACGAUAUUACGAUGAAUUUCCCAGGCGGAGUAAAUAUGCGCAUUCGACCACACCAUAUGGAGAUCUGAGGUAGAAGGAUCCAUGGAACGUUGCCAUCAUCAGUAGAACUUGCUAGUGUGGAGAUGAUGUUGCAUUAGAUGCUUCAUGGUGUCCAAUAGCUAGACUGAUUUUUAGAAAACACCUUGGCUUGUGUUGUAAGUUAUGUGUGUAUAGUUGCUUCUCCCUUUUGCAUGGUUAUAGAUGUAUCACGCUGAAGGGAGGUAAGGCAUGGGAUGGGAUGGGAGUGAUGGUAGUGAAUGAAUCUAAGUGU